CUGUUCUCCCGUUGUGGAAUUGGGGGAACAGUGGCCAGUGUGCAGACUGAAGGAAUAUCCCAGGGAUUAUCUGUGGGCAGUGACCCACGACCGGGACACUGCCCCCCCAAAGAUAUCUUUGCAGCCCCCUUCCUAAAGCUAUGGCCUGAGCAGGGGCUGCGACCCUCCAGUGCAGCAGUCCCCUCCUGCAACCAAAGGUUUCGGUGCAUGUUUUACCAUCAGCUGAGCAGCCCCAGUCGAUGGGAUUGUUUAAAUAAACACGCAGGAAUGCGAUGAAGUGGAGAGUGUGGAUGUCACCCCAGACCCUCUGACUGCACCGCUGCCUCAUUCCCAGCCAGGGCCCACACUCAAUGCGGACAGGAUUGCCUGUGAUGCGGUGGCGGACUGCAUUGGUGCCGGUGCAGGCUGCGGGAGGCCACAGCAGCAGCGGUGUGUCACUGGAGAGCGUGUACAAGGUUCUAAGGCUGUAGAGUUUCCCCACCUGGCUGCUGCCUCGGGCACUCCCCAUCAGACGUGCCACCACCAGCGUGACGAUGCAUUCCCUGGACGAACCCCUGGACCUGAAGCUCAGCAUCUCCAAGCUCCGGAUGAUGAGGGGCAAGAGGCAGAGGGGCUAUGAGACAAUGGAGGAGAGCAGUGCCCAGAGGGAGCUGAAGAUGACCGAUGAUGGGAUUGUUAUCAUUGCAUCGGCCUCUCCCCACAACCAACACAAUGGUCCGUUCAUCCUGCACCAGGCUCAGGAGAAGCAAGACGCCCGUUUCUCCCCCGCCCGGAGCUCGGUGUCCAUCGUGGACCUCAGCUUGUCCCCCAGCUCCGGCCUCGACUCUCCGCCCCCCUCGGCCUUGCUGCCCGACGACCUGCAGGACGGAGGAGAAGCGUCUCCUGGUGUCAGCACCGAUGCCCUGACGCCCCGCUUCCUGGAGGGGAGUCCGAGCUCUCAGACGUUCCAGUUCUUCCUGCCUCUGGGCUCCUCCAGCCCGGUCCACCUGCCCUCCUCCAUGCUGGUGUCGCCGCCCAAGGACAUGCCCAACCUGCUGGAUCUGCCAUUGGAACAGCUGGCCUGUCACUGGCGCAAGUGUAAUCAGCUGUUUGAUUCGCUCCAGGACCUGGUUGACCAUGUGAAUGAUUUCCAUGUGAAGCCAGAGAAGGAGACUGGCUACUGCUGCCUCUGGGAGGGGUGUGCCCGUCGGGGCAAGGGCUUCAACGCCAGGUACAAGAUGUUGAUCCAUAUUCGGACUCACACCAACGAGAAGCCUCAUCGCUGUCCCACCUGCAACAAAAGCUUCUCCCGGCUGGAGAACCUCAAAAUCCACAAUCGCUCACACACAGGUGAGAAGCCCUACAUCUGUCCUUACGAAGGCUGCAACAAACGAUACUCCAACUCCAGCGACCGUUUCAAACACACCCGGACGCAUUACGUGGACAAACCGUACUACUGCAAGAUGCCGGGCUGCCACAAGAGGUACACAGACCCCAGCUCCCUGCGCAAGCACAUCAAGGCCCACGGCCACUUUGUUUCGCCGGAGCAGCAGGGGCUGCUGAAGCUGCGGCAGGUGGUGAAGAAUCCUGCAGGGCUGGACAUGCCCUACCUCAGCGGCUCGCAGAUCAUCAUCCCCAACCCUGCCGCCAUCUUCGGGAACCUUCCCCUGCAGGGGCUAAGGGGGUCUCUGCCCAUACCCAUGCACCCUGCCCCACUGGACCUCAGCCCCUUGACCAGCAGCAGCGUGGCCUCUUCCCCCUUCACCGCCGUGCCCAGCUCCGUCAUUUCCCUCAACGGCACUCCCAUAAACCUGGCCAAAACACCGCUGGUGUCACCGGUGUCUGCCAGUGCUCUCGGCCUUCCACUGAUGUCCUUGGUGGCCGGACCCCAGAGCCACCCCCAGCGGCCAGCCACCACCAAACCCAGGGCAGCAGCCUGUCGGAGACAGGAGGGCAAAGUGAAAGGCUUCCCUUCACUGGAGGGGCGACUGAGGCCACCGGCAGAAGGCUUCUCCAUGCACCCUGGAGCUGUGAUAGACUUAUCGGGCCGAAUGGCCUCCCUGCCGACAGCUGACUCCCUCCCCGCGGCUUGGGUGGUCAUCCCCCCCGGCUCCGUCCUCCUCAAACCUGCGGUGGUGAACUGAACAGCCCCCCUCCCCUCUUCUUCCC